AAUUCAAAAAAAUUAAUGGAAGCAUAUUUACAGCGGCAGUCAAUAUGAAUUUAACCGAAGACUAGAGGCAGAUUCCAAGAGGAUUCGUCUGCUUUACAUUCCAACAAUUUUGUUUCAAUUUGAAUUGCUCUCCAACUCAUCUCUUUUGGUUGUGGCUCUACAAAUUCACAAAGAUAAAAUUUUCGGCGUUUUUUAUGAACCAGACUUGACCUAAACUAAUGGCCACUUUGCACGACGAUGCAAUUUGAUUAUGUAGGUCUUCGAGUUCUAGAAAGAAUAGUUGAGGUAAAUAUUAAGUUUGCCUAAUAUUUGGUCAGAAUCUUGAUGAAUUCAGUAAGCUUUUUUGGCGCCCUGGGCAUAUUAGUUUACGGAGUCUGAAAUAUUUUUAUUAUGGUCCUUUCGUUCAGCUGGUAUAUCAAAUGAGCUUGAUCAAGAAAUCCACCCAUAGCCAAAACACACGAAGCAAAUUAAGCUGCUUUUGAGCUAGGGUUUAGGACAAGUGUUCAUAGUUAAAAUUGAUUUUGGGUUUGAAGUGGAUUUAGGGUGUAGACCAAGGGUUCAGGGCUUCAAUUGGGGAUUUAGGGUUGGAAGGGGAUUAGGGUUUGAAGAAGAUUCAUACUGCGAAGAAUAAUCAGGGUUUAGAACACAUAGUUAGAGAAAUGGAGGAUGUCGAGGGAGGUCUGACGUUUGAUUUUGAGGAGGGAGUAAAGAUAGCUCCCACUUUUGGUAAACCCCCAUUGUUUUCAAAUGGUCUAAAUUUGAUUGCUCCUUCAAAUUUGCCUCCUACUUCGAAUUUGGCUGUUAAUUCAAAUUUGGUGUUAUCUUUUGAUGCGGGUAGAAAUACAACCUUUGUUAAGUCUGGGAGUAAGAAUACCAGGCAGACUGUUUGCAGACACUGGCUUAAAGGAUUGUGUAUGAAAGGCGAUGCUUGUGAGUAUUUGCAUCAGUAUGAUAAGAGCCGGAUGCCAAUCUGUCGAAACUUUUUGCGGUUUGGAAAGUGCCACGAGGAGGACUGUGAGUACAAGCACAUCAACGAAGAGACGAAAGAGUGUUUUAUAUAAAUAUUUAUAAUGUCCAAAUGGUUCCAAUUGUCAUGGGUGCCCGUCUCCACGAAAUUUUCGAAGAGUAUAAACAGUUGGGCUAUUGUGAGAAAUGGUUCCUAGCCAAGCAGGCAUCCUCAGCAGAAGCCAAAACAUUGUUAUUGCAAUCAUGCAGAAAAGAUGCACUUGCAGCAAUGACUGGUUAAUUCGAUUGAGAGACUGCUGGGAAGUUCACCCUUGGGCGAGAACCCCUAGAAUCAGAAGCAACAUCAAUGGAUGCCAUGUUUCCAAGAGCAUCGGUCAAGCCAGAGUCAAGUUCAGUCACUGGAUUCUUCAGGAAACAGAUUAUUGACUGAAUAAAAUAUUGUCAUUGCUGCCUCGUUACUUAUACAAGGAAUUUCUAGGUCUGUUCACACAAAUAUGGUGCAUGCUGGUCUUUCUAUGGGACUGUUAUACUGCCAUUUUGUCCUAAUUGAAUUCAAAUCUCUUUCUUUAGUUUUAAUUCAUAUGUACAUAAUUUUAUUUA